AUGCUCCAGGCACUUCAAAAAGAGAUAGAAAAACUUAAGCAAAGAAACAUUGGUAGAUCCGCAACAUUUUAGACAAAAUUUCGUAGAUUUGCAGCGACGUUUAGUACUAGAAACCAGGGGAAAACUUGACACAGAGCUGGUCACAGAGUCCGAAAGAAAUAAACUUGAUGAACUCGCGACAGUUCAAGAACUGAAGAAGAAGAUCGCUGAGCUUCAGGAACAUUUGAAAUUGGCACUCGAGUCUAAUAAACUGCUUAAAAAAGAACUUGAAGCAAAGCGGCUUCAUUCAGGGUCAACAAGGUAUUAAAGCUGAAAACAUGGCUUAAGUCUUUUCAAUUUAAUGUGUACAGUUUUGCACUCUGUCGCGUCUGUCUUUUCAGUAUUCUUUCGUUAUGGCCACUUGCAGCGUGCAGUUCCUGUUGUUCUAGUAAAAUAUCCUUCCUUUCAGAAAUGCCUUCUUGCUCAGACAGGUAAAAGUGUAGAAACAAAGAGGCAUAGUGCGCGAUGAGGCAGCUAUAUUAAUAUAAUUACUUUUUUUCAAGUAAACCGUACCUUUUCUACCACAUUACAUAAACAUCCUUAUGUAAAAACUUUGACAAAUUACUUUAUAAAUCAAAGGAAAAAAUCCAAAGAGUGUAUUAUGUUUUAAAAAAUAUUCCUAGCUUCCAUCAAAAUAUGGUUUUACGCUAAUUUGACUUACUGAGUUGAAAAAGAAGACAUUGGGAAUGCAAAGAGUAGAGGACAGACAUGAAAUUGCCACAGCCCGAGUAAAACGUUAUCCAGAUGACCAAAGGAUCUAUAGUUAGCCUUGGAAAAGCUCCAUUUCGGUGUCCCCUUUAACAAAAAUUUGUAAUAGUGCAAAGUUUGUUCCAGUUUUGUCAAUUAGAUCAUUAAGAAAUUUUGACAACACCAGAGGGAUUUUCCGAGGCUGUUUUUGAAAUACAUUACCUAGUGAUGAAAAUUCAACUCAACCUUAUUCUAAUACGCUCAUUUCUUUUUUUAUUUUAAGGCACAACAUGGCGGAGUCCCACGCACCAAUCAUCCAGCAGGCUGAACAAGUGAAAGCUUCCCUGCAGGGAGCACGAAACGUCACUCACUGCAACAGUGAACUAAACGUGAACACCGGCGUUCGUGGAGUAGUUCGGGCUGAAUAUGAAGACAAAAAACUGUUAAACGUCAACCACUCAAAUGCGUUGUCCUCAACUGUUAGAAAGAUCCAAGAACCUAUUAAUAGAGUAAGAGUAUAUAUUAAUUUGAUCCCCCUAGUGACGGGUGAAGUUUAAGCGCAGUUUAACAACCCUGCACAUUUCCUGUCUAGCGGACAGACCAGAGUCUUUACACGUGCUUUUAUCCUUAUUUAUCGCCUUUAUAGAUAACUUGGUUGCUCAACUUGUUCUGCCAUCUAGUCAGACGCUGCAAAAUGCGUUUGGUUUCUCCUUCUGUUAACAAUCUUUGGCAUGUUCUUUUAAUUAUGGAGCUAAGGCUCUAUGAAUCGACUAAUCUUCUUCAAGGUGUUCACUGGGUGACCAAUAUGAUCUGAGGCCUGAGCUCUAGAAAUUUGUAAAUGCUUUGUUCUUCACACAUUUAUACCAGUAUUACACUAAGUGUUUUUGCCUACCUCAAUCAUCUAUCUAUUUAUCGACAUGGUUCGUGAUCUAAAAAGACACCUGCUUAGUAUCACGGCUGGCAAGCCAGUGGUUACAGUCACUGUUUUUAUUUUGUGUCACAUUUGUAGUAUUAAUAUCUUCCAGAGCUUAAUACUUGGAGGACACUUGAGACAUUUUAUAGAAACUGGACAAAGCCAGGUACGAAACGCAGGUGACUCACGCAGUUACCUAAUUAAAUGAGUAGUUUUCUUCGAGGCUUACUUCUAAUGAUUGGGUUUAAAACAGUUAAAAACUACAAGCAAUAUCAUUGCCGAAUUCUAUAUUUGGCUUCUUAGUAAUUAUACCUACCGAUUUUUGACCGAAUAUUUUCAGACUGCAGGAUUUUUUCAAGUUAACGAAAUCCGUCCCGAAAGUUUGCUGGCAUUUAUGGUUUCAAGAUAUCUCAGGCCUCUUGUUCAAGCAGCGAUUACACGCUCAGUUGUUUAUAAACCGCUUUACUCUGUCAUUCCGCGUCAUGUUUCUUUACAUGGCCUUGAUCUUUAGGCGACUAUUGUUCGAUUAGGGAAUAACGUUUCGUCCUUUGAGAGGUUUAAGAGGUUUUCCGCCUUUUUGAUAAGAACUAUGGAAGUUCAACACAUUCAUCACCCUUUGCGCGAAGUAACGUAUACAGCGAGUGACCGAUCUCAUGAAAUGUUGGCCAAAAUUCUGAAAUGCGUUUUUGAUUUGAUAGGAUUACUUAGGUGGGGUUGUAAUAAUAAUUAUCGUACGGCAUAAUCCCGUAAUAUUUCGGACUUGUUAGGAUGUCGGCUUUUGAAUGCAUUUUGGUUUGAUCUUCUACGGAAACCAUGCUCGGUAAAAAAUGGCUACUUAAUUAGCGUGCAUUUUUGCAUUGAUUUUUGAUGUUCAUAUAUAUUCGAAUAUAUUUUAUAGAAAACAUGAACAAAAAUAUGCUUUAUUCUCCUUGUUUUGUGGCAAAUCACGUAGGUUUUAAAUGUUGUCCCCGAAGACAGGAUAUAUUUGAGUUUUAAAAGUUUUUAAUUAUAAGAUUUUUAAGACCGUGCAAUGUACAUCCAUACAGUAUCGUACCUGUCUGUUUUCCAGUGCUCAUCAUGAGAUGUAUAACAUAAUCCGUACCCAUUGUAAAAUUGAGUGAACUCUACAUAGUGUCUUUUUAAAGGCACAGAUGAUUAAACGACUUUUCUUACGCGGAAAGCAUGCGCCUUGUACACCGAAAUCGCUAAACGCUAUUGUAACGGCUAAUCUGCCUUAAAAAUUUUCGGGAAUUCGAAAACGUUUUCAAAACCCAAAUAUAUCCUGUCUUUAGAGAUAAAGUUUAAAGCCGACGUGAGUUGCCACUAAAUGAGCAGAAGAAAGCAUAUUUUUGUUCAUGUUUUCUAUAAAAUAUAUUUGAAUUUAUAUGAACAUCAAAAAUCAAUGCGAAAAAUGCAUGCUAAUUAAAUGGCCAUUUUUUACCGAGUAUGGUUUCCAUAGACGAUCAACUUGAAAUGCAUUCAAAAACCGACAUCCUAACAAAGCCGAAAUAUUAUUGGAUCAUGCCGUACGAUAAUUAGUAUUACAACCCCACCUAAGUAAUCCUUUCAAAUCAAAAACGCAUUUCAGAAUUUUGGCCAACAUUUCAUGAGAUCGGUCGCUCACUGUAUGUUAAAUGGGAUGGUAAUUCAAGUAAGAUGGGCUAUACUUCGGGGGAUUAAGUGCUCAUCAGUGCCUACUUAAGCUAAAAUGUAAAUCUUAUAUGUUGGUUUGUCUAGUGUUUCAAAAGCAAACUCAAAGCUACACGUUUAUCAGUCAGAUACUUUUGCCAGGUCACUAAUUCGCCGCUUUCGACGCAUUGCUAACGCAUUUCGCCCACAGCAUCUAUUGCGCUACAGCACCGUCUAUAAUCUCCCCUAUUUUGCAUCAUUUUAGGGCUCCACAUCAGUGUAA